CGCGGCGCUCGCGUUUAUUUUGGCCACUGUGAUUUGCGACUCCGCGGGCAGAGGAAGAGAGACUUCUCGCAGCGAGAAGAGAGUGCAGAUGUGAGGCAGUGCGUGCGCCGAAGAUGAGUGACCAGGAUGAUCUGCCGCAGUGCUCGCAGCCGCCCACGACAAUCACGCCGCGGAGCUCGCUGGGCUCCGGCGCGGCGUUGUCGUACAGUAGCGGCUCCUCGAUCUCGCCGUCGAGCAGCAGCAGUUCGCAGGGCAGCGCCAAGUCCGCCGUGUCCGAGUGCCUGGGCGCCUGGCUCAACUACCUGCAGAUCAUGAACAACCUGUGCUCCUCCGGCCACCGCCUGGCGCAGACCAUCGCCACGCUGGAGCAGUGGAUCAACGCCGACCAGCAGGCGCCGGCGCCGCAUCUCGCCGCCAGCCAGUUCACCAGCGCCUGGGACGACCUGGCCAGAGCCACUGUGGUGGCCACGAGCACCGUGAAGUCGCACAUCGUCACGGUGCUGCAGGACUACGUCACGCAGCCGCUGGGCGCGUUCGCGGAGCACCAGGAGGGCGAGAUGCUGCGCGUGAAGGAGCACAACCAGCACGUGGUGAUGGAGAACGCCCAGACGAUGAUCAAUCUGCAGCACCAGUUCUGCGUGGCCAGCUACGACUCCUUCUCGCACCUGAUGUGCUGCUUCGUGUGCCAGGCGCCCGUGGGCGGCGCCCACGAUCCGGACUGCGCCCUGCUGCAGCCGCAGCCGCCGUACACCAAGCUGCAGCACACCGCCGACCCGCGCUCGCAGACACCGUCGCCGCACUUCCGCGAGCCCGGCGGCGGCGGCCGGCAGGAGAUGUUCCGCAUGCCCAUCGAGGGCAGGGCGCUGCUCUUCGGCUCCGGCUCCACGCAGAGCUCCAGCGACCACAGCUGCUCGCUCACGGGCACCGCCCUCGAGCAGACGCGCGGCCCGUCGCCGCACCACGAUAUCCGCGGCCCCAGUCCCGUCCAGGGCUUCCUCGAGACCAUCCGCGGCCCGCUGCCCAAUCCCGGCCACCUGCUGGGCAUGAAGGCGCCCUUCUACCGCGGCUCGCGCAGCCCGCUCAACUUCCCCAUGCUCUUCCCGCUGAACCAGCGGCGCUGGAGCGAGGCCGCGGCCGGCGAGGUGAGCGCCGAGGCGAGCCUGGACGCCGAGAGCCAGAUGCGGCGCUGGUCGAUGCCCUGGGAGGCGUCCAAGAGCGACCGCAGCACGGUGUCCUGGCACCAGACGCGCCUCAUGCCCGUGUCCAAGCUGGCCGCCGUGCCGAUCUCGUCCAAGUCCGGCAGCGACCGGAGCCAGAGCACCACGCCCGACUCCGUGUGGCAGUCGUCGCUGACGAGCCAGGACGGCCUGGCGGAGGCCAUCCAGCUGCUGUCCUGCCGCCCAGCCACUCGCCCGCAGUUCGCGCCGCCCAUCCACCACGUCACGCAGCCGCCGCCCUUCAUCGAGGAGCCCCACACGUCGCAAAUUCUGCAGAACAUCGGACCGUUCGGCUUGUGGCCCACAAUACCGAAUCCCAGUCUGCAGCGCGUCCACGAGCGCCAUCCGCCCUUCAUUAAGUUCCCACCGGACAAAGCGUACGACGGAAGCGCUCAGCCGCCGUCAUAAAAGUCUCUAAGACAGGCGUGAACUGCCAAAGAAUUCUAAUUUCUCUAUUUCUACAAAUGAUCGAAUUUAUAUUACAAAUAGUGAGAAUGUUUCUUAAAAAAUCCCCUUUCAUAACCAAAAUCAAGGAAUCGUGUUUAUCGUGUCUGCACACUUUUCUGCUGAUUCGCGUCCCGGAAUUGUGUGUUUGUGUGUGUGUUUUUGUGGCCUAAAAGUGGCCGUGGAAAGAGGCGCGCGAGCUUUUCUUUUUAUUCCCCAUUCUCACUCUCAAUGUUGUGUGGCAUUAUUUUUUUUUUGGGGUGGCAGAUAAAGAUAUAUACCAAAAGAAAAAAGGAAGUAAGAAAAAUAAUUGUGAAUUUUUUGAAGAAUUCAAAAGGCAAAAGAGAAAAUUGCUCGAAGUCGGUGUGAUAUUAUUAAUAGUAUGUAAAUUAAUGUUUAAUCUCGCGUAAAUUAGUAUUAAUUGUAUUACUUUUUACUCCACCUUUUCAAUAUGACAAAAAAGGACACAAAGAAGUAUUCAAGAAAACUUUGUAUACCAACAAAUUUAUGAUGCGGAAUUUGCAUGUCAGCGAA